AUGAAGACAAAUAUGACAAUCGUCUUAUUCUUCUCAUUAUCCCCAACAGCAAACUGCCCGUGCGAAUGUGAUGGUAAGUCUUAAACAAAACGAGUGUGUCUUCGAUUUCUACCAAGUGAUCGAUACAAUCAAUAUCAAUCAAAUCAGCUUUACCGAUUUUUAUCGAUUUAUAAAUCAAUACCGAUUUUUAUCGAUCAACUACUCCGGGAAAUGUUCUUUCUUACUGAACUGUCUUCAGGUACGACUGUUCCAAAGACAAUAAGCCCCCCAAGUGGCACCGCUCCUUAUGAGACGCAGAAAGCCCCGACGAAGCCGAGGCCAUGGUUUUGGGCAGUUGUGGCCGGUGUAACGGUGGUGUUAGUAACAACUGCUGUUGCUGUGAAGUGGAGAAAAAGAAGGCUAAACCAGAACAAAGGCAGACAACAGAGCAUUCCACCAGUGCAGCGUAAGAAAAUUUUUAAAUAAUUAAUAUUCAAACAUACUGCAGAAAGUCUGGAAACUGCAAAAGUAUACUUACUGCAGUGUAAAAUGCGGAGGAAUACUGCAUUCUUCUUUGUUAAAGAAUGUCUGUUUGCUCAGCGCUAACUCAAGACGGUUUUGUGCAUGAACGAAUCCAAGUUUUAUUUUUUAUUUUUCCCCAGGUGGUCUAGAUACUCAUAUCAGAGACCUGACCGUUGAAGACAGGGAGUUUAUUUCGGAAUGGCUCAACGACCAAGACUCCAAUGGUAGACUAUACUCAGGGGCACCCAACGAGAAUAUAGUUCGAAACCACUUAAACAUAACAUUGUUGAACGUAUUUUAGUAUUUAAACGGUGGAUAAAGGCAUAUUUUUAUCCCCUAAAAAUUUUUUAUCUGUUCGGAUUUCCUAGCUGAAAUGCUAGUGAUCCGAAAAUUAUAGGUAUCAAAACUUACCUUUUCGAAAAUUUCAGCCAGAAAAAAGGCGUCCGAAAAUUUUAGGUGACCUUCUUACGGUAAAAAUCCGUUAAAAAUGGGCAAUUAUACCGUUUUUUAUAUGUUCGAAAUCUUAGGAGAGGCAGGCAAGCAAGAAAUUUUAGAAAAAUGAUCCGAAAAUUCUAGAUCUCAAGUCAUCCUCAGAACAGAUAAUUUUCCGAAAAUUAUCGUUGGGUGCCCCUGUAUACUAGUUUUAACUUCUUUUUUCACCUUUAGUACGCUUUAAUUGAAAAUUAAACGAAACUUACCUGUAAGUUGAUGGUAAUUCGGUUGAGUCAUCAGGAAGUGUAAGAGAUCAAAUGAGAUUGCACAAUCCUAUCCCAGAAAUCAACUUUUAAAGACGAACAAAUACUCAAGUGUACAUGUAAAAUCGGGUUGGUUGUAGUAUAAGGGUGGGCUUGUGAUCCCUUCCACUUCCUGAUGACUCAAUAGAAUUACCAUCAAACUUCAACUUACAGGUAAGUUUCGUUUAAUUUUCAAUUAUAUUUCGUCAUCAUUUAAAUGUAGUGUAGGGAUCCCAUGAGAAGUUUACAGCCAGUAUUUGUGAGCGCAAAGAUAACAAAUAUCCAAUAUGUCAAGUAACACAACAUUUAUAUUCUUCUGGCUCAAAUCUCACUGAGUGACAAUUAAUAUAUUACACUUGCUGUGCACUGUCCAACAGAACCUUUGCCAAUUCUCCGUGUUGUUGAAUUGGUUACUUGUAAUACUUCGCAAAAGUGCAAUGUCCUGACCAACCUGCAGUUCGAAGAAUAGUGUCAACAGGAACCUUAGCUACUGCAGCUGCACUGGCUGACGCAGACCUGAUACUAUAUGAGUUGACUGUUCCUUAUAAUAGAAGGGACAGACAACGGCGAACUCAAACUCCUUCAAAAUCGCUCAAAAAAACCGCUUUUGAGGCAAAAGGACGAUUAUAUACCACAGGCAAGGUAAUUCAACGUUUGUUUAUCAUCGAUUUAUUGCCCCCGCAGGGAUUUCGCCCAGAGGGCGAAAUCCUGAGGAGGCACUCUAGUAACUCGCGCGUAUAUUAAGGAAAGUACUUACAGUUGAAAUAUACAGUUAUACAGUCAAUAUAGAAAAAAUCUCGAUUUGCUAGCCUGCGUGGCAGGCGCAAAAAAGGGAGGGAGAGGGGGAGGAAGAAAAGCCCCUACUCCCUAUCCCCUACCCAUUUCGACGCCUUCUACGCAGGCUACGAUUUGCUUGAACAGGGACCGCGAGGAAUCGGUAGGUAGUGAUGACGUUUCUAUUGUUUGCGCCCGCAAGUACGAAAUGGUUAGGAUGACGUAAGGACAGAACAUCCCCAAGGGACCGUUUAGGUAGAUUUUGUGACGUUUAUUGUGCAGUCAUACUUCCACACUCUUUUGCGUUACGUGUUAUCAGUCGUUAUCAGUGACAUUCUGUGGAGCAGUUGUUUUGAAAGUUAUGGACCAAACGACACUCGUUAAGCGCAGAUGAAGUUAUAAGGUGCGUACAACUGUGUAUAUAUAAACACUUGGAGAGUUUGCCAGACACGAGUUCACAAACCUUUCAUUGGAAACCUUGCCAGACACUCUUUCUCUCUCUUUGACCGGAAUAAGACUCAGCCCCAAACAAGCAAGACGAGUGAACAACGGCUAGCUUCUCACUUGCAGAACGAUGGACGAUUACAGAAAUUCGCCGACAAUCAAAUUCUUUGCUGACUUAUUGCCUGCUCACAGAUGUCCUUCAGCUAUAAAGUUUAAAAUAAGACUAGAAUGCGCGAGUGUGAAUUGAUCAGAGCCACUACAUAUGAAACGUUUAAGAGGUUAGAUGUAACAGAUCUAGGAAAAAACAUUCCAAGACAGGAAAGUUUUGAUCACUGAUAUUUGUUUCUGAAUACUUGUUUCUGAUAUUUGAUCACUGAUAUUUGUUUCUGAAACAAACGUUCAUUUCUUGACCCAAAACACGAGUCGACUGAUCAGUGGACCUCGCGGUUGAUGUGUGACGAGGAUUUAGCGGUACUCUUGUUCGCUGAUGAAGUUUGAGAAGCGGAAUUUCCGCAAGGGACUGAUUUCUUUGUUGGUUUUGUGGUUUUCUCUUUGUCCUGAUUCUAACUCUGUGAGUCCCGCACAGAAUCGAUAUCUCUAGUGGAGAUGUUCAAGUGAUCGUCCCCGCCAUGUUUUGAGGUCUCGGUUAAGGCCACGGCUGAUUGCAGCAUAUUGUGACCACAAAGUGAGCAACUGUUUACUCUUCGAGUCGAAGAGACAAAAGAAAUAUACAAGUCGAGUCCGUCGGACAAUAAUUGUCGAAGAAAUUCCGCGAAAUUUCACAGAGCUAUUGUUAACAUGUCCGUCAACGAGCAGGAAAGGAUUCGCAUUGGUUUCUGGGAUAGGAUUGUGCAAUCUCAUGGGAUCCCCACACUGAAUGAUGACGAAUAACCGGCGAAUUUAUACCACUCACCAGAGGAGGUAUUUUUCAUAGAUUAGACUAUUUUAUAGGGUACGUAAGGAUUUGACACCAUUUUUGGCAACCUUACUACGUCGUCCUAGUGUCCACGCUUACAGUUUAAAUUGUCUCUGUCAGUUGUUAUUUUAUCAAACCUGUUUUUAAUUCCGUGAAGAUUAUUCGCACAUUUGGUUUAGAACGGGAGGGUAACCCUGGUGCUAGUGCACCCCAGCAAGAGGGUUACCCUAGCACUCACACAUUUCCUCUUUUUUUUAACCCUACCACCUGACUGCUAACCCUACUAACUUACUGCUAGCCUUACCUUGCCUUGUAAACGUUCUGCUAGGGAUAGCUUGCCCACCCGGGAUAACUUUGCUUCGUCGCGCGUGAUCAGUAGUCUUGACAAUUUGAAAGGAGGUAUCCAAUUUCUGAGCUAAAUUAUAGACAGCUUCCCAAGUUGUUCAAAAGCUAGAUAGUGCUAUCCACCGGGUAAAUCAAUAUCUAGUGGAUAAAUUUUAGGCGAGCCAAUUGCGCUAUACAGUGGACAGAGAUUUAUCCGGUAAAAUGCGGUAUCCACCUUUUGAACAGCUGGAGCCUAAACAAUAUAAGAUAUUUUCUGUAUACGAUCAUAAUAUUUUUCCGUUUUUUCCUGAAUUUAACGUGUUUCCGUAGAGAACUUCAAGUUUUCUUUUAAAUAUUGGACGUUCCAAAAAAUGUAAAUUUGCCGUUAAAUGGUAACAUGCCGUCACAGUUAAUAACAGAGUGUUUUCACUGUCACGCAACGAAAAAAUAACUUUGAAACUGUGGAACGAAAGAAGCCAAAAUGAAAAGAAGACUCAUACAAAUACACAACAUAUCCAAGUCUCAGGUCUGUGCGGCGCACCGUUUUCUAGUAGUUUACCGAAAAGUUUCACGUAAUUUAAAAGAGCUUUGUAUGGGGACGCCUGCUGGUGUACCAACAUGGGACACCAAUAUGGCGGCCAGAAAUCAACAAAGACAUCAGGCUUUCACUUUUGUGAUAAAAAUUCUUUUUUUGCUUGUAAGCAAAUUAGCAUUCGCAUAAACACGUUUUGUACUGCUUAAAAUGUAUCAAAAGAAAGCUGAAAAUCAUAAACAGAUAGCUUGCCUGGCUUUUCUUUAGCCUUCGUCUGCUGUUCGCAGGCUAGCUUUUCUUUAACCAGACAUUCUUGACGAGGCUACUGACUGUGGUACUGUCACACACUGUGAAAAUUUCUAAAUUCAAAAUGCUGUAUUUCAAAAUGAAAUACUCUACGGGGCUGAAAACCUCUACAUAGGUUUAUUUUUCGAGCCCCUUCAACCUGGUAUGCAUAAGAAUUCAGAGAAUUCAGAUUUUAGAAUUUAAUAACGUCAUGGUGAAUGCUCUGUAUCAGUUACCGUGCCAUUCGGAUCAAAGCACUUCUCUCCCUAUGCAAUGUGCAUGUUCUUCCUAUUAUGCAAUUAAAUAGAAAGCAAAUACAAGCUUGCGCCCCUUCGAGUGCCAAAAAGUGAUAGGCAAAAGAAUCUGCAGUAUUUCUGAUCAGGAAUUACCUGAAUGGUCACUCCAAAAUGUCUCGGCCAUCGAUUAAAAACUUCCAACGAUAUGUUAUACUCAUGCUCUUAAAGUAAAUCGUCAAACAGUUCAAAUGAUUUAAAACUUCUGAAUCAUUAUUUGACUAAUUUAAGAACUAAGAUUCUUCAGUUAAGACUCUUUGUUUAGCUGAAUCUUUAAAACUUUUGGCUCACGUGUUUCAAUUUAGGAUUUUGCUACUGGGAGAAGGUUGCCGAGAAACUUGGUCUCCAAAUUCAUCGGUAUAGACAGUGGAGACGAGCAGACAAUCCAACUGUCAAACUACUAACAGCAUUAGCUGAAGAUGAAGAGAGCACUAUCAGAAAGCUAAUCAAGGCUUCCCAGGAGGCAGGGCUGACCCUCUUCGCCAAAGAAUUGGGGAAGAGGUUUUCCGGGCCAACAAAUAUUCAAAAUGGAAGCAACGAAAAUGUAUAG